CACGUUUUGCCUAUCAUUAUUAACAUUCACGAGCAAGCUCGAAGAUCCUAUAGAGAGUCGUGCUCUGCUAUGAUUUUUGUAGGAGUUUUGUAGUCUAAUAAGUCAUUUUAUAACUGUCCUACGAAAGACGUUGGCUUAUGAUCUUUUUUAGUCUUGCUCUAAUUAAGUUGUAUAAGUGUCAAGAUAUAUCUAGAAUAGAUUCUCUAACAAAGAAGUCAGUCGAGGAAAGCGCGUCGCAGUCGAAGAUGGGUUCCCCAGGUGGGGGUGAUGAUUUUGAUGCUGGUGCUAGUUCCAGAAUGGGGCCACCUCCUGUUCCUGGGUCGCAAAUUGGAAACGCUGACGAAGGUGAGAAGACUGGCGCUGGAGGCAAAGCCCCGAUGAAGAAAAUGGGGAUGGAGGUGGUUCCUAAGUCGGGCGCGAAAGUUGGCAACGGAGCGGAUCAGGAAGACGACACUCUAGCACCUGAAGGCGCUGCUGGUGUGCCUGUCGUGGAAAAAAAACCACAGGAGGCAACUUCUAGCACAACUCCCAGCAUCACCUUGAACCCACCGAAAGACGAAGCGUCUACAACUACUACCGCGAUUUUGGGUGCCAAAGCCAAGCAGAUCAGUGGGGUACUAUUUUUUCUAUAGGGGUUCUUAGUUCUAGUGCCGCAUAAGAAUACUGCGCCAGGUCGUGUCUUUUAUGCUUCUACUUGGGUUCUAAGUUUUUCGCUGGGGGGUGUGUUUUUCAAGGGGAUUUCUGAAAUAGCACCUAAUUAGAACCGCGCUAAGAGCCAAUUAUAGAAGCUGAAAGUCGCGAUCUUGGUGCGUAUUCUGGCGCGUGUCCGAUUUUAUUCAUGACUUUAGAGUCUUAGCGCCCUGAAAGGACCGACGAUAGGCCUCGGCUUAGCGGGGUCGCCUUCUUAUGGGGUUCUCCUCAAUCCCUGGCCAAAAGCAACACUUCAAGCGGAGACCCAAGCGCGCUGCGGGCUGAUGUGCUUCGUGGUUGUGUGGGGUUUGAGCUUUUCCGCAACAGCUUUGAGAGGUCCUGACUGGAGAGCCUGGAGCAGGUGGGGUGGGAUCUUUCAAGCUUAGCCAUUUCGGUCUAUGGUCGCUUCGUGGCUUUCGGUGGUGCCUUGUUUUUCGGUGUUUUCUUUCGGUGUUUCUGCUUCUCCGUGGGUGGGGUGGUAGAGGGCAAUCAGCAGCAAAUUAGCAGAAAAAUAGCAGCAGCGGCCGCCUGGCGCUAUUCGUAUGAAGUAAUACUAAUAGGGUGCAAGUUGGUAGCUCGCUAGUGGUUCACUAGUAGUUCGUUAGUAGUUCGCUAGUAGUUCAUUAGUAUUUCGUUGGUAGUUCAUUCGUAGUGGCUCACGAAUGGGCAUCAGUAUUUUAAUGAAAGUCCUUGCAUUUUUGUUGUAGUCGGUUACUCAUCGGCCCGGGGGUUCCUGCAGUUGGUUACAAUACCCAUCGGCAGGAAGAAGCUUCGGGUGUGAAGGGGUGGGGGGCUCCAGCGUGUGACUUUUCUAGCGGAGAGCUUAGUAAAACUUGCCCUCGACUUCUCUUAUUAUAUUAGUCUCGCUAGCCUUUUCACAAGAAAGAAAGCGCUCGAGCUAAAAAGAAAAAGAAGACUACUGCUUUCACUAAGGGUGUAGAAAAUUCGUGAAGCAGUCCCAUCAGUCUCACUCAGGCGAUGUAUGCAAGUGGGCUUUGUCUUUCUUUUCUUCCUAGCUUAAAAGUUAAAGAACCUACCAAGACUGACAAGUCCUAGCUUAACUUCGCGACGCCCUUACGGCCACGCGUGUGAUCCAGUGUCCAUGACAAAGAUACUCGCUUAAAGUUACUGCGGUACGCACGACGGACACCCUUGCAGGCCGUUCGCCCAACUACUUAAGUAAUCUACACUCCAGCGGUCGGUGUCGGGUUUUUUUCUUUCCAUGGCAUUGACAACACCUCCAAAGGCUCCGCCCACUUGUUGGAGUCGGCGCAGAUCAUCCGCGAGCACAAAUAAGUAACUACAUCACCUCGGUUUGAAAGCAUUGCGCAUGUGCAUGCCUCGGGGUCGUUGGUGGUUACCUUUGAGGACUUUCUUGUCCUAGCUGGAGUCUCCUAAGAACUCUACAGCUUGGAAGUUUACCAAUGCCACGACACCGAAAGUCGCGACGCAGUUCAUGUCAGGACGAUAUGGAUGAAUGAGUGCGCCCACGCUAGGGGUAUAGAAGGUGUCUGCGCUACUACUCUCUGUCGAAGAAGUCGAACGGCAUGAGAAUGAUGCGGCCAAUACAUGGCAUCAACCUCGAAGCAGAAGGCAACGGAGGAACAGCGAGCGGGCUUGGGC